CUCUCUCUGUUUUCUGUCUCGCCACCCAGCAAUCAGGUGCUCUCUCUCCAGGAAUUACCAACAUCAUCAUCUCCGAGGAAAUGCUUUCCCGGGGAAUUCCAUCAAUUCCUUCCUGAGAGGGAGCACCCUCACUCCCUUUGAAUUUCCUACGGCACCCUUAAGGAGUCGUAUGUGAUUCAUUGAUCCUGAGGGUAUUCGACUUGUUGAUUCUUCGCUGCGAUUGAGGACCGUUUAAUCUUUUCUUUCUUUUUCAAAAAAUAAAAAAUAAAAAAAAUUACUUGCAUUUUCUAGAAUUGUGUAGCAUAUAAUAGGGGGAGGGCUUGGGACUUGUUUGUUUAUCUCUUGCUGUUAUUGAUUGGAAGCAGUUGCAUAUUUUGAUGCCAUAUAUGGCUACGAGUUCUCGAGAAGAUCAAUCGUUAAACAGCUAUGAAGAUUGUCCUUGUGAUUGUGAUUGUGAUAUUUGUAAUUGUGCAACCGCGAAGCAGUCUGAUUCUGGAACGAGGCAGCUUAGCACCCCUGUUAAGCGUAAACUCCGUGAACUUGAGGAAGGGAACAGGUUAGUCGAUGUUUCUCAGGUUGCCAGGGUUGAGAUGUCGAAUGAAUGUGUUGCGUUGCGUGAAAUGGUCAGCAACCAGCAGAUUUCCAUUGUGGAUCUUUCUAUUGAACUGGAAGAGGAGAGAAAUGCAGCUUCAACAGCUGCUAAUGAGGCCAUGUCCAUGAUUUUGAGGUUGCAAAAGGAGAAGGCAGAGAUUCAGAUGGAGGCUCGCCAAUUUAAACGCUUUGCGGAGGAGAGGAUGGCACAUGAUUCUCAUGAGAUCGGUGCCUUGGAGGAUUUGGUGUAUAAGAGAGAGCAAACCAUACAAGCUCUUACGUGUGAGAUUCGGGCCUAUAAAGACAGGUUGAUGAGUUUCGGUCUUACGGAGGAGGAGGCAGCGGCAGUGGGAGAAAAAGGCGAAGCUGCCCUAAACCGUGUGGAGGAAAGCCUAGAUUUACAGAAUGAAACUCCCACCUACGACUACCCUGCCAUCAAGUGCAAUUCAAGUGCUGAUGAAGCUUUAAGUGAAGUUGAGGGUGAUUUAUUUGAUGUGGAGAAAUAUGCCUUAUGCGACACGCCGUCGUCUCGGGAGCAUUUAAAAGAUCUGGAGAAUCGGAUCAAUGACUUGGAAAAGAGUCCAAGGACUGAGGUUGAUUUUUAUGGUACCAAAACUGUAUUUGAAAAAGUGAUAGUUGGUCGUUCUCCUAGGCGAAGCAGACAUAUUACGAGGUUCUCUUCCGACAGCUCAAGUUUGCAUUUUGCAACAGUUAAAGAGACAGGUUCUGAAGUUGCUGAUGAUUCUCCAAAGUUUGACAGUGUUAAAAAAUUUGAUAGCAUAAAUUCAGAAAGACUCUCUAAUUUGAAAAAGGUGGACAAUGCAUCCGAAGUUGGAGAUGACAUGAGUGAUAGAGUAUACACCAUAGAUUCCGUUCAUGAGGUAUCCUCUGUUGACGCCAGGGAUGCUGAAGUUUCUAUUAGGAUUUGUGAAGACUAUACGACCACACCAAUGGAGUCACCGAAUACAGCAGAUGCAGGGACAUCUGAGAUCAAGAAGCUCUACUUGAGACUUCAGGCACUUGAAGCUGACAGAGAAUCUAUGAGGCAGGCACUGAUAUCUAUGCGAACGGACAAGGCACAGCUCUUAUUAUUGAAGGAGAUAGCUCAACAAUUCUGUAAAGAUAAGUCACCUGCAAGAGUGGAAGUGAGAAAGUCAUCAGUAGGUGGAAAGUUUUCCAUCAUGUCUAUAUUCAAGUUGGCCGCAUCAUUCAUCUUCUGGAAAAAGAAAGCCAGUCGAAGCAGGUAUAUGUGCAGGAUGUCUCCCAACAACGUGGGAUUGUUAAUGCUUCUAGAAAAAGGACCCUCCAUAGGACAAUGGAGAUGUCUCACAAGAACGCAAGUGUGAUGUUUUGGACAGCUUUCUGUCUUCGUGUACAAUUCAGCUGUGAUCUAAUAACUACCACUCCUAAAUGUCAUCUUCAUCACCUGCUCAUUUGAUUUUAAUCUGACUGUUAUGCGCUUUAGCUUUUGCAUACUAUUUCCAGAUUCAUUUGAAUUCAGGUGCUUGAUCUUUGAUGCGCAGUGCUCUUCAUAUCUCGAAAUCUAAAUGCAUUGCAUUGCCAGUUUACCAGUAAAAUGAAAGACAAGGUGUUAGAUCUCUAGGCAUGCAAAACUUGUGUUGUGCCUGAUAUUACUAGCUCCAGUUAAGUCCUAUCCUGACAGUCCUCCCCCUGUACACUACAAAUUCAUGUAGUAUACCUUAACAUAGUUAUCAUUGUAACUCCCCCCAGUUUUGAUUGAUUUGUUGCAGCAUUACAACUCAAUCUCAAACAUAACUUUUCUUCAAUACAUUUUUGUAUGUAAACUUAUAAACAAAUACAGUUUGCACCUCUUAUUUACGAAGUUGCUAUCA